AAAGUGGAUGGGAGAAAAAAAACUCCAGGGAACAAAGAAAUCAGAGUGUAUUUAAGGGGAGGCCGCCUCGGAUCCUGGAGCUGAGACUCUCUGCACCGCACCGCUGCGCCACAACCCUGCCUGCCCGCCUGCGUGUGCGCCUCCAUCCAGCACGGCUCCUGACGGACGGCGCUGAGGAUGCGGACCUCUCUGGCCGUGUGCUUCUGCGUGUUUGCGCUGCAGUGUUUGCAGGGCACGCUGUGUGCUCCAGUGCGCGGAGCCGGCAGGUACAAAGCGGCACCGGCCUCAGAGAAGUCUCCGGACCUGAAGAAGAGGGGGAAGGCUCCUCACCCGCAGGACCUGGUGAAGGAGGCGAGUUCGUCGACCAACGCUUCGAACACAUGGAACCGACCUCGCUGUGGCGUUCCGGACUCCCCCAACCAGAAGGAGGUGCGGUACCGAGGACGGAAUCGCCAGAGACGCUUCGUGCUGCACGGAGGACGCUUCGACAAGACGGACCUCACCUACAAGAUCGUCCGCUUCCCCUGGCAGAUGGACGAGGAGAAGGUGCGGCAGGUGUUCGCCGAGGCGGUGAAGAUCUGGAGCGACGUCACACCUCUCACUUUCACCGAGGUCCGCAGAGGGGCGGCCGACAUCCGCAUCGACUUCUCCAGCUUCUGGCACGGAGACAACCUCCCGUUUGACGGUCCAGGUGGGAUUCUAGCUCACGCCUUCUUCCCAAAAACACACCGACAGGGCGACAUUCACUUCGACUACGACGAGUCGUGGACUCUGGGGAACCACAUGGGCACAGACCUCCUGCAGGUUGCGGCCCAUGAGUUCGGCCACGUCCUGGGCCUGCAGCACUCGCGUAAGCCGAAAACCAUCAUGUCUGCAUACUACUCCUUCUCCUACCCGCUGAGGCUGAGCGAGGACGACAAGCAAGGCAUCCAGUACCUGUAUGGAGCCCAGCCACAGGUCGCCCCCCCACCGCCAACCCCGGCCCCACGGGCUCCGCCUGCCAAAACCGAGACCAACGACCUUAAUCCCGACGCCUGCCAGACUGACUUUGAAGCCGUGUCGAUGAUCCGAGGGGAGCUGUUCUUCUUCAAGUCGGGCUACGUUUGGAGGAUCAGGGAUCCCGGAGGAUCGGCCCGCCUGGAGAUCGGGUACCCGGCGCUGGCCUCCCGGCACUGGAAGGGGAUCCCGAGCAAGAUCGACGCCGCCUUUGAGGACAAGUCGGGGAAUAUCUGGUUCUUUCAAGGCGAAUACUACUGGGUGUUUGACGCUGAGAUGCACAUCAGGGGCCCAGAGUCCAUCAGGAGUUUAGGGUUAUCCGUGCCCGGCAUCCAGGCUGCGCUUCGCUGGGGUCAGGACCCAAACUACGACACCUACUUCUUCAAGUCCGGUAGCUACUGGAGGUUCAGUCCCCGGGAGGGCCGGGUCGAGUCCCCACACCCACGCAGCAUGCAGCACUGGACUGGCAUCCCUGAGGACGUGGACGCUGCCUUCAGGGACACCCACGGCUUUGCCCACUUUAUCCGAGGACGUCAGUACUGGAAGUUCGACCCUGUCGGCAUGAACUCGUUGGAGGGCUACCCUCGCUACAUCGGCGUGGAUUUCUUCGGCUGCAGGAACGAGUGAGUCGGUGAAGAACCACGAAUCCUGAUUCCUUUGCUAACAAAGAGGAGUUAAAGGAUAAGAACUGCAGACUCAUGAGGACGAGAUGAUCUUUAAACCUGUUUAUGCUUCACUGCAUUUAUUGACACUCAGAUCGAUUUACGCCUUCUUCUCAGGAAAAAAGAAAAACACACGUAACCUUCCCUCAGAUCUGGCACUUCCUGUGCAGCUCUACUUGAUUUAUUUUUGCACAUUUUGGUGUCACCAUGAGCCUGAGACCCUGGAUUCAGUCUCGCCUGAGCCGGAAACUCUUUACAAACUGUCGUACUCCGUGUGGUCAGUGUUAUAUGUUUCAGUUUGUGUUUUCAUCAGCGAUGCUCCUCAGAGCGUUUGAAGAGUGACAUCAGACUUACAGCAGCUUUUAGAAACGGCUUCACCUCUAGAAGUCGGACAGUGGCUGGACGGUAAUUCUUAGUCACGCCUUACAGUUUUCAGAACAAACAGAAACAGGUUAGAGAGUUUUACUCUGGGUUUGGACACCUGAAAACCAGCACAGGCAAAGGCGGUCCUUCCGGACUCUCGGUUUGGUCUUUUCAGAGUAUUAUUGAGGUCUUUGCAGGGUCUUGUUAAGGUAUUUGGUCCUCUGGGCCACAUUAUAAAUGAAAAAUAUCAGGUUUACGUGACAAAGCAGGAUAUUUUAGUUUUUGGACAAAGCUUUAGUUAUGAAGUCCCAGUAUCAGUAUUUUAGAAAACUUUGCGUAGCAUGGAGUCAGCAGUGGCAUCUUAGCCAUGACGUGAGGCCACUGCAGAUAGUUUAAGCAAAUUAAAGCAGGAUUAGUUUAACUGUUACAAUAUUGUAAACAUAACAAUCAGAAAUACUUUAAUAAUCACCAAAGGGAAAUUCCAGUUCCAGUACAGCCAUCCAUCACAUGCAUCACCAACAUCAUGUCUUCCACCAGCUUUAGGUAGAAAUGUGUGUAGCAUCUUAAUCAUGAUCCUGGACAAAGUUCAGCUGCCAGCACUCAUACACGCGUGUGCAGUGACACACAGGUUGGUAAGCAAAUAGUGGCUAAGUGCUUAAAGGCACAUCUACAUGUGGUGGGAAAAUCAAACCAGCAACCUUUCUGAUUGAGCCUGAGUCACCUUAAUCUCAGUUGAUCGUGUGAUAUCACAUAAACCGGUAAAAACUGCUCUAAGGAAGCUGUCUAGGGAUUGCACCGAGUCUUUGACUUUGCAGCAAUCCCUCAUCCUGAGCAAGCAUGUGGCGACAGUGGAAAGGAAGUUAGCCUGGGUGUAUCAAACAUUUGCAUCUCUGCUCCAGUCUGGAAUAAGUUAAACUGUUGCAGUUAAACCAAAAUAAUACCAGGAUGUUUCCUCUAUCAGUUAGUCUAGAGCAGAUGUGCCCAAAGUGUGGCCCCGGAGCCAUUUGCGGCCCCUGUAUUGAUUUUAUAUGACCACCCACCCCCCACCAACUGCAUUUCAAGAAAGAUUUGCCAACUAGAACUGGUGGCUGGUGCAGAUGGAGACUUUAUAUUUUUAAUACAAAUAAAUGUUGGAUUGAAUGUUUGGUAGAAAACAUUUUUCUUUUAAUUACCACACUUUUUACAUUCUCUUUAAUUUCAUAAGACAACAGCUAUCCAAUGACUUUUAUUCUAACACAGACUUUGGAGUGUUAAAAUCUGAUUAAAAUUCAGUUAUUAGAAUUGGCUAAAUACAGAUAGUCUAACUCAAGGCAAUUUAUCCGGCCCUCAAGAGCAAAAGGCACAUCAUGUCAUAACGUAGAGGGAUAUAUCCUUUUAAACUGUAUAAAAUGGCUAAAACUGUGCCUCCUGUAGCGAAUGUUGAAUUAUUUUUUGUUAACUGUGUAGUAAAAGCAUCCUGCCACAUUAAAACAACCCAGAAAUAUAUUUAAAAAAGUGCAAAUUAAACAGAAUAAUGAGAGUUUAAAGUGU